UGAAACAAAAUAAGUUGGAAAUACUUUCAUUACUUUGCAAUCAGAUGGUAGGAGUGAUCGAGAGCCGGAAGGGGAAGGGACGGGUCACUUGGUCAGUCACAUACUCUGUACUUUUUACGAUCUAAAACAACAGAGAAAUGGGGCGCCAUGGCAAAGCGGGUAUGGGAUCCAUUGUAUUCUCAGUCUUCCUCUGUUUCUCUUACCAAAUCACUGUUGCCUUCUGCCUGGAACCCCAUUUGAGCUCCACCCGCGUUGUCUUCCAGAUGAACUAUGGGGACAUUGAAUUUGGGUUUUAUCCCAGUGUUGCGCCAAGAACAGUCGAACACAUCUUCAAACUUGUCCGGUUGGGUUGCUACAAUACUAAUCACUUCUUUCGGGUCGACAAGGGGUUUGUUGCUCAGGUUGCAGAUGUUGUCGGAGAAAGAACAGUUCCCAUGAAUGAAGAACAACGGGUAGAAGCCGAAAAAACUGUCAAAGGAGAAUUCAGUGAUGUCAAGCAUGUAAGAGGGAUUCUUUCAAUGGGAAGAUAUUCUGAUCCUGAUAGUGCAUCCUCUUCAUUCUCUAUGCUUCUUGGAGAUGCACCUCACCUUGAUGGCCAAUAUGCAGUAUUUGGAAAAGUCACUAAGGGGGAUGACACAUUGAGAAAGCUUGAGCAGCUGCCUACUCGACGUGAAGGGAUCUUUGUAAUGCCAACAGAGCGCAUCACCAUUCUGUCAACAUAUUACUAUGAUGCUGAGAUGGAGUCUUGCGAACAUGAGAGGUCCUUGUUGAGAAGAAGACUUGCUGCAUCUACUGUUGAAAUUGAAAGACAGAGAAUGAAAUGCUUUCCAUAAUGUAAUGGAUGGAGAGGUCUCAAACUGGAGAGCAAACAUAUUCACAACUUGUUUGUACACAAUGGCAAUGUUCCUGCUGGAUACAUUGAAUUCUUUGAGGACCACCCAGUAUAUAUAUGAAUGAUGGGCCACCAAUUCAAGCUGUUCUUGUGGAUAAUUGUUUCUAGCUAGUUAUUAUUUGAUAAAUGGUACUUCUGAUAUUCAGUAUGGUGGAUCUUUUAUGUUUUGUAUUCCAUCUUUUCAUUCAUACAGAGAGAGAACAGAUAGUACUAUGCACUGGAUCUAGACUUUUCUAGUUCAUUAUAGUUCUUCUUCUUGGGCUUCUUCUGGGAAACAAAGAAAGGGGUAGUUCCUGU